GACAAACUUCAACAACUGUGCGCGCUCCGGAACGGCUGGUACUUAACGCCUGGCGUCUCGUCUCUGCCACAGGAGCUGUGCGAAUGUGUACACCGAGCUAACGAAUGAAAGACGAUAAAGAGGGAUCCUGUGUCUACCACCUUGCCAUACAUUCAACCAUUAAUCUGCAGUGAGCUGAAGGAUUAUUCGUCCGAGAGGUCCCCACAUUUCAAGAGAAGACGAAAGCCUUAUUUGGAAAUCUUAUGGACGAAGAAAUGAGUCGCCAGACUGCCACCGCGCUGCCCACAGGAACCUCCAAGUGUCCCCCCUCACAGCGCGUGCCCACCCUGUCAGGCACCACCGCCUCCAACAGUGACCUGGCAAGCCUGUUCGAGUGCCCUGUCUGCUUCGACUAUGUCCUACCCCCCAUCCUGCAGUGCCAGUCCGGACACCUGGUAUGCUCCAACUGUCGGCCCAAGCUCACCUGCUGCCCCACCUGCCGAGGACCACUGGGCUCCAUCAGGAACCUAGCCAUGGAGAAGGUGGCUAACUCAGUCCUCUUCCCCUGCAAGUAUGCUUCAUCGGGCUGCGAAGUCACCCUGCCACACACUGACAAGACAGAGCAUGAAGAGCUGUGUGAGUUCCGGCCGUACUCCUGCCCGUGCCCCGGCGCCUCCUGCAAGUGGCAGGGCUCCUUGGACGCUGUCAUGCCUCACCUGAUGCACCAGCACAAGUCCAUCACCACACUGCAGGGGGAGGACAUUGUGUUCCUGGCCACAGAUAUCAACCUGCCGGGCGCGGUGGACUGGGUAAUGAUGCAGUCGUGCUUCGGCUUCCACUUCAUGCUGGUGCUGGAGAAGCAGGAGAAGUACGAUGGCCACCAGCAGUUCUUCGCCAUCGUGCAGCUCAUCGGGACUCGCAAGCAGGCCGAGAACUUCGCCUACAGGCUGGAACUCAACGGACAUCGGCGCCGCCUGACCUGGGAGGCCACGCCACGCUCGAUCCACGAGGGCAUCGCCACGGCCAUCAUGAACAGCGACUGCCUGGUGUUCGACACGUCCAUCGCACAGCUAUUCGCCGAGAACGGCAACCUGGGGAUCAACGUCACCAUCUCCAUGUGCUAAGAACUUUCAAGCGAAGAGGGUUAAAAAGUUACAGAUUGUCAGGGGGCAUUUUUUAGGGGUCAGAUAAAUUAGUUGUGACCUCACAGCGCACCCUCCUCUUUGCCCCACCCCCCCUUGAUGUGGAACUGGACUGUCUGAUCAGGCAGCCUCAGAGGCCCAGGGGGUGGGAGGGAGGGAUGGAUGGAUGGAUGAAUGAAUGGAUGAGCGGAGGAAUGAAUAACAAGGACAUAAACCGUGUAGUGAUGGCUAUAGACUUCUAAACACACACACAUGAACAUAUAUGAAUAUAUAUAUGUGAGACUCAUGCACGCACAUGUAGUCUGGCGCUCUCUUGGUCAUAAACAAGGACACAAACUGAAAAAGCUGUUGAGUCAAACUCUCCCACCGCUCUUGUUUUAGUGUCUCCUUCUUCUCUUCCUCUCAGUCCUCCUCAGACAUUUCACACACUACAACUCUCCGGCCGUCACCCCCAGAUGCUGGAGGAUGGCUGCGCCCCGACAGCUACACACUGAGGAAAAGGCUCAAGCUAGAUUUCAACAUGGACUCUUGGUCAGUGCUGGGUAGCUAACCAGCUAUCCGCCCCCUGCACCCCCACCCCACCCCACCCCACCCUACCCGCUCCCUGCUGUUGGUAAAAUCCACCUCAGUACCUGUCAGACUGAACGCUUCACACGCUGCCGACACUUGUAGGGCUACAAUCGUGGCUGUGGCUGGGCUUCACCACAGUGGGCGUCUUCAUGCAUUGGCUAGCUCACAGUGGAACCCAGAGCUCGUGAAGUUCUUUAUUGCGGAUUUGGGUUGAUAUCUUCUCUUGUGGAUGACCCUGCUGUCGAUGGCUGGGCCUGGAACUGCCACCCAUUGACUUGGACGGCCAUAGCAUCCAUGACCGCAGACAUCCAGUUCUGUCCAGGACUGCAGUAAAGGAAUUCCGUACAAGCUCAUUUGGUCCAUCCAAGGCUCAAGAUUGUGCAUCGGACGCUCUUUAAAUAGUUGACUGUCGUUGUUGAUAGUUAUUUAGAACAGACUCUGCUCUCAUACUGUAUGGAUUUAAGAAGGCCCACAGUGACAUCAGCCCUGGACUUUUUUAUUUUAUUUCUAUUUUCAUGGAUUGGACACAACAGUGGAUUUCUUACACACACAUAACACACGCCCGUUGUUUGCAUCACAGGCUGUGUGUACAGAUGUAAUAGUGUAUGAAUUGCGUGUGUGUCGGGGUAUUUUUUUGUUUGUUUGUUUGUCUGUUUUCAGAACGAGGAAAAAAAACACUGCAUUUCAGUUGAGUCAGUUUUUUUAGGGGGUCUGACGUCAGUUUCUUUUUAAUUAUUUUAGUUGUCUUUUUUUUGUAUGGGAGGAGAGAAGAACUCCUGGUAUUUGUGUAUGUGUGUGCGUCUGUAUGUGUGUGCGCGCGUCUGUAUGCAAGUGUGUGUGUGUGUGUGUGUGUGUGACAGACAUGUGGCAAGAAGCCUGCUCACUUUCUCUCCUCGCUCUUCUUCUUUGGUUUCUCCUCUGCCUCCAUCUCGCUCUGUCUGCCAGUGUCGGCCUCCACCACUGAUUGACUGAUCACCCAACCAGGAAUGAGGGACAGUUUCUACCGUUACAAUGUUGCUAUUGUUAUUAUUAAAUGGAGAUUAUCAUAAUUAUCAUUUUUUGUAAUGACUUUUAAAAACAAAAAUUAAAAGGCAGUUGUAAAACUUGUGGCUAAACUUCAGUGUUUGUAGUUAAAAAGCAAGUUGUCGUUCUUCUGAAGGUUUGUUUUCUCCGAGUUGGAUUGUUUUUCUCUUUAUCUAUUUGUCUCUCCGUCCUCUUGUUUGUGUGCUAAGUCUUUCCUUUUUUUCUGUGAGGAGGGAGGGAGGUCAAGCCAAUCAUCUCUCCCUUUCUCUUCAUGUGGAGUCUCAGUAAUGUUGCUGCUCUCCUUCAACUUUUCUGUUUUAAUUUGUCAUUAAAUAAAUCUAUCUUUUUCAUA